AUGCAACAAAUAAGCACAUCACAGCCAGCAACUCCAAAUUUUGGCACUGUUGUUCAAGGCAAUCAUCCUAAGCAAUAUACAGAUCAACUUGGCCUACUCACCUAUGCCACCAACUACACUUACCUUCAGCUAUACAUUGAUCCAACUCGUCCAGUUUCUUAUUUCUUCGAAGAUCUUUCAUGUUUCGAUUAUCCGGAAUUGCGCUGUACAAAAUCGAAAAAUCCUCCGUUUAAUGGCCAAGCGAUAUUAUGUUUGGCUGUAACUAAUCCUCAGAGUAGUGAGUCAGAUUUCACCUUAGCUAUUAGUUUCACCUAUGGUGUACCACUCCCUGUUAUACCUUCUUCCACUCCAGUAACUUCGUCAUUGAGUACUGUUACUACUGCUACUGUCAAUCCGUCUACCAAUAUUGUGACUUCCACUCUGAAUCCGACUAAUGUGCCUCCACCGUUUUAUGCGCUAGGUGUUAGUGGCAAUGGCGGUGGUGAUCUAUGG